AUGGAACAACCUCUCCCAGAAGGCUGGAAGAAAGAAUAUGAUCCAAGCACACAGCGCCAUUUCUAUGUUGAUACGAAAGCCACACCACCACGAUCAAUAUGGGUGCACCCACACGAGGACGAGCAGUACCUCAAGGAGCAUCCAGAGAAGAGGGAUACCUUGAAGCCACCACCGCCAUACGAAGAAGAGAGCAGGCGUCAUUCGUGGAAUGGGAACGCUUCCUCAAGUCAGGCGGCAGCGAGCGGUAGUAAAACCAAAGAUAAUGACCGCGGUACAUUUGGGAAAUUCAAAGACAAGCUGAUCGGUACGAAGGAGGAGCGGGAAGCUAAACGCAAAGAGCAAGAGAAGUUAGCUGCUGAGAGGAGGAAGCAGCGACAGCAGUUGAUGGCUGAGAGGAAUAGGCUAGAACAAGAGUAUCUGGCCGAACGCAUGAGGCAGCAGAGAGCAAUGUACAACUCCUUCCCCCCGCGCGGAUACCAAACCGUGUACACGUCUCCGGGGCCGUUCACGCAGCAGCCGUUCGGGUACCCACAGCGACGUCGUGGAUUCGGAGGCGGUGGCUUCGGAGGAGGCGGCAUAGGACUUCCACUUGUUGGAGGUUUAGCCGGAGGGUUACUCCUCGGCGAAUUAUUCGACAACGAUCACGGUGAUUUCGGCGGCGGAGGUGACUAUGGAGGAGGUGGAUUUGACGGAGGUGGAGGUGACUUCGGUGGCGGCAGCGACUUCUGA